UUUAUCAUUUCCGGAUUCCAUUAAUCCUCGUUUAACUGGAACACAAAUAGUUCGAUAAUGACGUGUGGGAUUUUUAGACACGACCGUGAAAUCCUACACCCCCCCGGGUGGGAGGAGGGAUUUUUAUUCUAUAGCGUCAAAUGGAAUAAUAGCACCUGCGUUUUUAUUUAUUUUGAAAUGAAAGGCGAGUCGUCGUCGUCGUUUUUCAUUUUUCUAUAAAAGACGGACGUUUACAUUGGGUCGAGUUUAGUCACAACUUAUCCGGCGUCACUUGCAAGUUGCCCGUCUCUUUCGCCACAUGUGUGCACAGUUUAUGCACUGCCAGAUGCGGGAUUGACGUCAUUCGCCCGUUUUUUGUUCAACCGGAUUGGAUUUCGUCCACUUUUUGAAAGAAAGAAAAAUGGCUGACGGAUGGAUUCCGGCGGACAAUGGAGGAGCCCACAAGGAUCUCAGGAGGAGGAUCUCGAAUUCGGCCCAAAGUUUGAACCGAUUCGUCCGGCUGCCCAAACCCAAAAAGUGUCGAUCGUGGGGCCGUCAGUUGUUGCGACGCUGGUCCAGCAGCGGUGCCAGUCUUUUCGGAGGAUUUUUCGCUUCCACUCCGUCGGCCGGUGGAUCCUGCGGGAGGAGUGACGUGAGGAAUCCGGAUUCUCCUCCUCGGUCGCUGGACGCGGAUGUUUUCGCUUCGCUGUCGUCGGAUUACGUCCACUUUGGGACGGCCACGCCCCCUCCUAAGCCUCCGCGAGUCCGUCGGUGGUCGACAGUCAGCGAUGGAUCCUGCCCAACCGACUGUGAAGGAUCGCUCACUUCUGUGCAGUCGAGCGGAUUACUGCAAGAGGAGGAGGAGGAGCGACGGUUGUUGUUUUUAAGGUUCCAGCUGGCGGCGGGCGCAGCUGGAUGUUGUUCCAGCGUCGAGUUGUCGGUUGGGCCGGCAGAUGGCGUCGGCCAAUCCUCAGGUGCCGUCGCCGACGACGUGGGAGAAGAAAUCCAAGGGGCGGAGUCAUUGCGGACGAGUGGCGAUGAAACGCAUCCAUCCGGUGCGGAUGAAGAAGAUGACGACGACCAGCACGACGACGGCAGCAGCAACGGCCACGACUGGAUCGUCACGAAAAGAAAACUGUUGCGUCCAUUAUCACCGCCGCCGGCCACCUCUCACCACCACACCCACGGUGACUUCCGCUUGGAGGACGCCCGUCUCUUGUGGCUGGGCUGGCGACUAGGCCGUCCGGAGACGAAGCCGGUGAUAUCGGAACGAGAGCGCGGACUAUUGCAACGGGCCAACAGCCUCAAUAUCCACAUCAGUCAGCUGCAACGGAACCAACGGAUCUUGUCCAGCGAGAAUGAGCAAUUGAAACGUCAAAUGGAGAUGGAAAGAGAGCGGCCGGCCGGCCAGCUGCAACGGGAACGUGAGCGUCAGCAAGAGCUGCAACUGCUGCGCAGGAAAAAUGCCGAGCUGGCCAUGCAGACGAAGAAACUGGAAGAGAAAGUCCGCAGUCUGGAAAAGAAAUCGAAGGAGCUGCCGGCCAUCAACGGUGAGCGGACGCAGCAGGUUGUGACCAUGUCCAGGGAGCGGUCGAUUGACAACAAGUUGCAACCUCAAGUCCACCACCAACAACAGCAGCAGCAACAACAAGCGAAACAGACGACAAAUGCGUUGCGCUGGCGUGAAAAGGAAGUUGAAAUGCAAAAUCGCUUGACGGAACGGGAAAAGGAGAUUGGCCGUCUCAAGGAGAAGCUCAGGGACCUGACCAAGAAACUACAACAGGAGCAACAACAUUACAACAGCAAGGAGUCGCUGCAAACGCAACAAAACGGGGUGGAAUGGACCAUCUUGUCUCAGGGUUCCAGGGAACUGGAAGGACUUUUGAAACUCGUCUCUAAAGAGCGACUCCAGCUGGAACGCAAUUUCGUCCUGGCCACUCAGGGAUUGCAGCGAAGUGCCGAGCUUGACGUGACCCGCUACUCGGCCUUGGAGGCGACCAACGUCCAGCUCCGGCGGCAGGUGGAACAGCUGGAACUCUUGUGCAAGGAACAGGCCGAAGCGGCCCAGCAGCUCAGCAAAAGGCAACAGGAUCGAGAAGUGCUGGCCGAGCGACUUAAAGCCAAAACAGAGUACAGUCAAGACUUGGAGAAUCAGCUGAGCAAAGUUAUCGACAAGAACGCCGAAUUGACCAUUGAGAAUUGUGACCUGAAGAAACAAGCCCAGGAGCUGCACCAGUUUGAAACGGAAUGCCAGACGCUUCGUAGCUCGUUGAACACGGUGGAAAGCCAGUGCCAGGCGGCCCAGAGCGAAGUUGCCCAGCUCAAGGAGAAGAUGGCCGGCCUGGAUCAUGUCCUCAGGCAAAUGAGAGAAGCGGCCGAGAAGAAAAAGGAAUUGGAAAAACAACAUGGAGAGUCGGUCAAUGAGUUGCGGACGGCCCAGGCCCAGCUGGGAUUGCUGGCCAGCAACAAGAACACGGAAGUGGAGCGGGCACAACAUUCUCAGAACAUCGAGUCGCUUCAGUCGAGGAUUCGCGAGCUGGAAAGGAAAAUGGAAUUGCAGAACGUGAGACACGAUGAAUUGUUGCUGGAACUGGCGGCCUUGAGACGGAACCAGCACCACCACCACAGCAACAGCAGCGGAGCUGGAAGCAGCCACCACGGCAGCAGUCAGUCACUAGGAGCCACAUUCGAUUUAGAUUCAAGGGGAUCCAGCCCAGAUUCACUGAGGUAUUUAGCCAAUGGUGCUGGAUCGGUGACACGGACAACCCCUCUGGGACAGAGUGCCUCCAAUUUAGACGCUCUCCUCGAAAUGGACUUGGCCGUCUCGAAUUACAACCUGGGCAAGAGCCUUUCGCAGCCGGUGGUUUCGACGUCUUCCAUGUCGAAACUGACGGGCAUCAACAGUGGCGGAUCGUCCAGCAGCAGUAGCCAUCACCACAGCGACAUCGAGCGGAUCAUGGCCAAAAUCGAGCAGGAUAACCGAGUGCUGGCCGAGCUGGAAAAAUCGCGCGCCACAAUCACAGUGUCUCAGGAGAAGGGCAAAACGGUGACGUUUGCCAGCGAUGACAUGGUCCUGCACUACGGCGGCCAGAACCGGCACAGGCGCAAAUCGACGCCGGCCAGCCUCAACCGGACGCCUUUACUCCACCACCACCACCAACAGCAACACCAAAUGAUCCAACAACAACCCCAAUAUCAUCAGCCUUCUGCAACUGCACUUCUACUGCAACAACAACAACAUCAUCAUUUACGCUUUUCUCCGCCCGUCUCUGCCCAUCUCAGGCAUUGGCUAGCGCCGGGCAUUGAAACGAGUAAGAAGAGUUCUGGAUAUUCCAGUCACAACGGGGCGAGCGGAUCGGCCGGCCAGUCGAUGAGUCCGUCUCUGUACGGCAGCACAAGUUCGUCGGUGGGUUUGACGUCGACAUUGACCAAUACGUCGUCCAUGUUUUUCCCGGCCAGCGGAAGCGGCAGCAACACGACGGCCGUCUCGACGGCGGCCGCCGAUUUGGCCCACACGCUGAGCUUAGGCGUUGCCCAGCAGCAGCAACAUCACAAUUCAUCGCUGGUCUCUGGUGGACUGAGAUCGACGCUGACGGCGCCCGGCAGCGGUGGCGGUGGCAGCAUGGCCUCGAUGUUGCAUCCGCCUUUGUCGCCGCUGAGUCUGCCGGCCCUGCCGCUGGACGCUCAUUCGGCCCACUCGCUCCUGCACACGGUGCCGCUGCAUUCGUUCCGCCAUCCGGAGCCCGAGAGCAGCGCCGACAUGCUGGAAAUACCGGGCAAGGGCCGCUGCUACGUCUACCUGGCCAAGUACACGUACGAUCCGUUCAGCCAGUCGCCCAACGACAAUCCGGAAGCGGAAGUCUCGCUGGCCGCCGGCGAUUACGUCCUCGUCUGGGGUACAAUGGAUGAGGACGGAUUUUACGAGGGAGAAUUGCUGGACGGACGCAAAGGUUUGGUCCCUUCGAAUUUCAUCCAGCGGCUGCAGGGUGAGGAUUUGGUGGAAUUCCACCGGGCGGCCGUUCUGGGCCUGCAGAUUUGCGGUGACGACAGCAGCACGACGAGUUUACCUCGUGACCUGCUGGGCGUCAGUCCAAAUCACUUGGCCAGCGUCGGCGGCGGCGGAGUCGGCAACAGCAGCAGAGCCGGCCAUCCGUCUCAUCCGUCGAUUCAUCAACUUCCAUCGCAUCCGCAGCACCAGCAGCAACACCAGCAACUGCAACAACAACAACACCAGCUACAACAACAACAGCAACAACAACAAGGUCUGCCACACCAACAGCCGAUUGCGGCCAACGAGCCCAUCGAUCAAGCGCAUAUGCCAGCGGCUGGAAGCAGUCAGGUGGCCUUUCAUAGUCCGGCCAGUCGCAGUAGGGGCAUCAAUCAGUAUGACGCUGCCCGUCAGGCUCUCGACUGGGGUCUGAUGGAGUUGCAGGAAUUCCUGGAAGACGAGGAGCUGGCCCUAGGAGUCAAAGGAGAAGGACCAGACUGGCUCUUCCUUUCGCUGCUAGUCCCACCACCGCGUCAGCUGACGCUGGAACGCCAAUUGAACAAGUCGAUCCUCAUCGGCUGGAAUCAUCCGGAAGGAGCUCCGCCGGAAUCGGGACAGAUUGCCUCCUAUCAUGUCUACGUCGACGGAAUACUCCGCACCACCAUCCGGGCCGGCGACCGAUGCCGGGCCCUCAUCGAAGGCGUCGAUUCCAGCAAACCGCACCGGAUUAGCGUUCGCUCUGUGACGCUGAGACGCCGGGCCUCGCUGGACGCUGCCUGCACGAUGGUGAUUGGCAAGGAAGUUCCGUCUGCUCCGACUUGCGUCCGUGUGAGUCACGUGACGGCCACAUCGGCCCUGAUUUCCUGGCUGCCGGCCAACUCGAAUUACCAGCACGUCGUCUGCGUCAAUCACGUGGAGGUGCGGACGGUCAAGCCGGGCAUAUUCCGGCACACCAUUUCCGGCCUCUCGCCCAACACCAUCUACCGGGUGACGGUCAAGGCCAAGAACAUCCGCUCGCCGCACUUCAACACGAUGGACGAGACGACGGCCAAGUACGCCGAAAAGUAUUGCACCCACGUCGAGUUCCGCACGUUGCCCAAGGGCGUGCCCGACCCGCCCGUCGACGUCCAGGUCGAGCUGGGCCCCCAGGACGGCACUUUGCUCGUCACCUGGCUGCCCGUCACCAUCAACAGCCAGUCGGGCAAGUCGAACGGCGUCCCCGUCACGGGCUACGCCGUCUACGCCGAUGGACGCAAGGUGACGGAAGUGGACAGCCCAACGGGCGACCACGCCUUACUGGACAUUUCCAGCUUCAUGGGCCUGCAGGCCAAGCACGUGACGGUGCGGACCAAGGCGAGAGAGAGCCAAUCGGGCGACAGCGUGCCCACCCCUGUGCCCAUCGACCUCAUCAAGAACCGCGGCGGCAAUCGGAACGAUGACGUUCAAUGCCCAGUCAAUAACAACGAGAUGGUAGUAGACGAGACGGACGUAGUGGAACAUAGUUUUGGCCCGUCGGAAGACAUAGUAGGCCUGUGGAAUCUCAGUUUGCUGGCCAGCAUCAAGGACACGUUAGAGUCGGACGAACGGCCGUCUGAACUGUCCGACAUUGCCGAAGAGCCGGAAGAGUAUCAGGACUGCAGUAGCGAUGGCGAAAUGAUGAACGAAACGAGCCGGGGCAGCAACAACAUUGGCCGGCGCAAUUUCAUGGAACAAUCCAACAACGGACGAGGCCAGCAGGGCGGCGGUGGCAUGAUCCAGCGCAAUCAGUACCUCAAUCCUUCCAUGCCCGGACCCAUCCCGUCUAUCGAAAUCACCAAGGAUACGGCCAGCGAGCGAUCGGGCGAUAGCUAUCGCGGCCGUGACGGCCAGCAGGGAAUGUACGACCGAAACAAAUCUCUGCCGGCCAACCGCAACCCGCAGAUGGUGGGCGGCCCCAGGAACGUCCAGGGACAGCAGCAGCAGCAGCAGGGACGGGACAACUAUUACGCCUCGACGACGGGCAGGAAUCAGCAGCAGCAGCAGAAUGACGGCUAUUACGAUCAGCCGGGCAACAGACGCGGACCAGUGGCCCGCGGUGGCAACGGCCGCCAGCCGCCCAUGCAGCAGCAGACUAGGAUCUUUGUCGCCCUGUUCGACUACGAUCCGCCCACCAUGUCGCCCAACCCCGACGCCUGCGACGAAGAAUUGCCAUUCCGCGAGGGCCAGCUCAUCAAAGUUCGAGGCGAUAAAGACGCUGAUGGAUUCUAUUGGGGCGAAGUAGCCGGCCGUUCGGGUUACGUACCUUGCAACAUGGUUUCUGAAGUCCAGGUGGACGACGAGCGGGUCGCCCAGGAGCUCCUCAAAGAGUCUGGAGCAGACGGGCCGAGUCAUUCCCGGACCCGGCGCAAUUUGCGAGCUCAGGGCCAGCCGGGCCACGGUCGUGACCGCUGGGGUGACAUUUACGCCAACAUGCCGGUCAAGCGGAUGAUCGCCCUGUACGACUACGACCCGCAGGAAUUGUCGCCCAACGUGGACGCUGAAGUGGAACUGUCCUUCCAGACGGGCGACAUCAUCUACGUUUACGGCGACAUGGACGACGACGGGUUUUACCUGGGCGAGUUGCGCGGCCAGCGCGGGCUGGUCCCUUCCAAUUUCCUGACGGAAGCGCCGCCGGAUUACGACCCGUCUCAACCGCGUCACAAGCGAGGCGGCCAGCAGCAGCAACAGCAGUCGGCCAACAUGAACGACAAGUCUGGCGGAGGCGGACAGAUGAUGCAGGAUCGCGGACGGGAUUCCAGUUAUUACGGCGGAAAUCGCAGCCGGGAACGGAUGGAUCACGAUCGAAUGGAUCCCCGGGAUGGACGGGGCAUGUCCGGCGCCGAAGGUCCCCCACCUCCUCCACGUACGACCAAUCACCGGCCGUCCGACAAUUCCCGCGAUCGUCGCAGCGACGUCUACUCGCCUGAUCGUCACGAGGGGAGGUCCAUGGCGGCGGUCGGGAGAGAUGGUAACAACCCGAUCAAUAACCAACGCUUCUACGCAGAAGACUCUUUCUCCGACGUCGACGAUAGAUUUAAAGGAAGACCGGAUUCGAUGGAUUACGCCUACAACAACGGAAUGGCAGAUCCCAUGCAACAACAACUACAGGGCAUGAAUGGACAACCACAACAGCAACAACAACAACAACCGAAUUUCAACGGUGGAACGGGUGGGCCCAUCCGCAAUUUGCCCAUGAACAAGACGACGAGAGGCUUGCCGCCCGUCCUCCCCGAUCCUUCCGUCAUCCAACAGCAACAGCAGCAACAUCUCGGUCAACCGCCCCUCAACAACAUGAUGAUGAUGAACGCCGAUGCCAACAACCACCUUUACGGUCACGCCAACAACGUUGCCGCGCCCCAACAAGCGACGACAGCGCCAACUUCCGCACCCCUGUCUUCUCACUUUUCCUUUUUCGGGAUGGGCGGCAACAACCAGCAGCAACAACAGCAGCAGCAACAACAAUCGACAGGGCCUAGUCUCAUCCAGAAGAUGAUGGGCGGCGUUGGUGGCGCUGCCACCGCUGCUGCUGCUCCGACGACGACGACGUCCGGCACGACGGAAAAUCCAGUCGAGGGCCUUUUAUCCAAAGGAAAAGAUUUGAUAUUCAAGAAAUUCGGCCUCUAAUGAAAACAUCUAGUAACAAUAACCUUUUGCACAACAACAACAACCAACUCUGCCAUAAUAAUCGAUUCGAGCUGAAAUAAUCCCCUUCAAAAAUGAAACCAAAAAUGGAUAGCGCGAAAAAACAAUUUGAAUUUUGACGAGCCAAAUGGAUGAGGUCAAACACAUUUUUUUUUAAUUGCAAAGUUUCCCCAAAAGUUUUGUGGAUGUAAGAUAUAAAAAUACGCACACACAACUCCUGUCUGUCUGUCUGUCUUGACCCUCUCUCUUUAACUUUCUCGUGUACAGUUAUAGCAAAAAAAAAAAGGGGUUUUUUGGGGGGGUUAUUUUUCCAGCUAAUUAAAAUUUGUUUACUCAAAUUGAGGAAGAAUUUUUGGGUAAAUUAAAUUUUUGUUUUAAUUUUGUCCACCCAACAUUUUUUAAAUGUCUGUGUGAGCCCUGUACAUAUAUAAACUUCAACUAUAUAGGAAUUGUCGCCUGGCGGGAAAUUUAAAAAUAUUUGAAUUAAUUUUGUUUUUUCAAAUUUUUUGGGGGAUUUUUUCUUUGGCCGGCAGUAAUUUGCUUUUCCCCAUUAAAAAAAUUGAAAUUCGUGUUACAUUCAACAUCAAGUCUCCCCUUUAAAGAAAAAAGAGUCCCCCCCCCUCUCUCCUCCCUCGUUGAUAUUUACAUACAAAAAAUAUUAGGAGUUCCGCAAUUUCUAUCAGCCCUAUUUGCAUUCUAUUUACAUAUCAAUUCUCUCUCUCUCUCUCUUCUCUAUCUCUACAUUUUUCAUUCAUUCUUUUUUUUUUUAAACUAUUCUUUGGCUUAAUCUUUCUUCUUCUUCCCGUUAAAUUUCUCAUAUUAUUCAGCUUGUUGAUAUUAAUUAACAACAAAAUCGUUUUCUCUUCACUGUGCAAACCCCCCCAAAAAAUUAUUAAUCAGAAAUUUACAGUUUAAACAAAUUGUGCAUUUUCAGCGUGAGCCAAGUUGUGGGUGUAUAUGUGUGUGCGUGUGCUUUUUGUUUGUUUUUUCCAACAAUUUCCCGCAUCAAAAUCCAAACAAAAAAACCAAAUUUCCCAUUUUUUUUUCCUUUUAUUUUUUAAUCUUUUUUGUCACAUCGCCUCUAUGGAAUUUUUCGUUUCAUUCUCGACCGCCAUCUCUCUCUCUCUCUCUUUAUUAUUGCAUUAUUAUUACAAUGUUCGUUAUGGUUAUAAUCUAUAUCUUUACAUACAAUUCUCCAUAUUAUGUGUAACUGUACAAAAGGCAUACAAAAAGGAAACAAAAAAACAAACAAAAUGGCAAAGCAAA